AUGAAUCCACUCCUGAUCCUUGCCCUUGUGGGAGCAGCUGUCGCUUUCCCCGUUGAUGACGAUGACAAGAUCGUCGGGGGUUUCACCUGUGCGGAGAACUCUGUUCCCUACCAGGUGUCACUGAACGCUGGUUACCACUUCUGCGGGGGCUCCCUCAUCAAUGAACAAUGGGUGGUAUCUGCGGCUCACUGCUACAUCAAGCCAAUUAGCUCAGAAUUUUCAGAAAGAGGAGUUAAAUCUUACCGCAUCCAGGUAAGACUGGGAGAGCAUGACAUUGAGGUCACCGAGGGAAAUGAGCAGUUCAUCAAUGCGGCCAAGAUCAUCCGCCACCCCAAGUACAGCAGCUGGACCCUGGACAACGACAUCUUGCUGAUCAAACUGUCCUCACCUGCCGUCAUCAAUAGCCGGGUGUCCUCCAUCUCUCUGCCAAGCUCCUGUGCACCUGCUGGCACAGAGUGCCUCAUCAGUGGAUGGGGCAACACCCUGAGCUCUGGUUCUAACUACCCGGACCAGCUGCAGUGCCUGUACGCACCCCUGCUGAGUGAAGAAGACUGUGAAGCCUCUUACCCUGGCGAGAUCACCAGCAACAUGGUCUGCGCUGGCUUCCUUGAGGGCGGCAAGGACUCCUGCCAGGGUGACUCUGGUGGCCCCGUGGUCUGUAACGGAGAACUCCAAGGCAUUGUCUCCUGGGGCUAUGGCUGUGCCCAGAAGAACAAGCCUGGCGUCUACACCAAGGUGUGCAACUACGUGAGCUGGAUUGAGGAAACCAUCGCUGCCAAUUGA